AUGGCAGUCAGACUCGAGCGGUUUCUCAAUACGACCGGAUUCUUCUUUUUCGCCCUCAUCCUCUUCUGCCUUAUCCUCCUCACCCCGGCCGACGCCAUCUACCAAUGCUACGAAACAGACCGACUCACCAACAUUUUCUUCAUCACCGGCGCAUACGUAAUUACUUUUCUUUUCGCAGUUCUCAUUUAUUCGACGCGCAUUUACACAAAUCGCAACACACUCACCGGCAUCCCGAAAGCCUGGAUUCCCGUGGAGAAGGAAGAUGUGAACCGGAGCGUCAGACGACUGGUCAAAGAAGGUCUCGCCCGUAGCGCGGUGAUCGCAUACCAGGCGCGUCCACGCGAUAUUGCAGCCGACGAGGACAACUUCCAAAACCACCAAGAGCUUCUGAUUGACUCCGAACGGCCCCCGUGGGGCCAUGUCGAGCACCCCGGCUGGUCUUCGCCGGCCUCGCCAGAUCUGCCCGAUUUGCCAUAUCGCACGGUCAUUCAGGAAUUACCUAGCUUGAUUGAAGCUAAAGCUGUGUCCCUUGCUCCGGCCGACUCGUUAUCGCCUCCCCAAGACCCCUUUGGCCCGUCGGGCGAUCUUACGACGCAUUCUCUGCCAGAUACGCGGGUUGUGGAGGUGUUGCAGCGCCCCGCCUCUAUGGGGCUGAGGGAGUACAUUCGGCACCUCACAUCCCUGGGAGUAAUCUACCCUCCCGAAUUAGGGGCUGAAUUUCUCGCGCUUUACGAACAUGCACGAUUCUCAUCACGGGACCUACAUGAGGCUGAGUUUCGUGAUCUCAUGCAUCUCUUUGCUGAGAUUCUGAGAGGAAUGACGACUCUUGCAGCGCCGAUCCUAGACGAAAUUUAUGACAGUGCAAGCUUCCGACAAGCUUAUUCUGAAUCUAUCAUCGGGCCUUCAGACGAAGAGGGCGAGACGGAUACUGUCGACAAUUCUGCGUACGCGCGGUCUUCGAGACUAAUGCGCAAUAACAGCCUCCGCCCAUCCAAUGCGUCCACUUGGGAAACCCAGUCUGGGUAUGACACUGCACCCGCAAUGCAAAGCCCUCACUCGGGUAUGUCAAUUGAAAGCGGCUCCUACAUGGGACAAGGUCGUUUCCGCACGCCUUCUACAAGGUCCCUCCGACGCGCUCAAUCGUGCCAGUCUGGCAGCUCGGCGGGUAGUGUCAUUCGCCUGUCACAACCACGAGACCUUACAGAUCUACCAUACACCAUUGACUACGCUGGACGUAGGCAUUGA